AUGGCAGGUGUGACAUUCUCAAAGGUUUCUAGAGAUGAAGUCGGGCGACGCGGGCCGCACUGCAAAGCUUCCGAUGAUUGUCUAAAGCACUGCAAUGUAGGGUAUGGGGCCUGCAUUCAUGGCAUCUGCAAUUGUAGGGGAAACCCUAACUACUUUGCAGCAAAAGACA